CGAGGUUCUGAAAAAAGGAUAGUAUCCCCCUGCUGGAUGAGAGAUCCUCCAUGAGAUGUGUUUUGAGGAGGAAAUGGGAUAAUGUGUGAGUUCCAGCAGCUGUGGGAGCUCUCGGGAGGGCUUGGAUGAAGAUCAGUAUUGGAGGACAGGGCACAAGCUCAUGCUGUGCCAUUGGGACUUGCAGGCUGGACAUCAGGAAGAUUUUCUUCACAAAAGAUGUCAUUAGACAUUGGCAUGGGCUGCUCAGAGAGGUGGUAGAGUCACCAUCCCUGGAGGUGUUUAACUGGGUGCUGCACUCAGUGCCAUGGUCUUGUUGGUAUGGUGUUAGGUCAUGGGCUGGAUUUAAUGACCUCAGAGGUCUUUUCCAGCUUCAUUGAUUCUGUGAUCCCCUGAUGUAAUCUAAAUGUAGUGAUAGAACAACGGGGAACAUUGCAAAAGUACAUGAGGGAAGGCUAACACUAGACAUUAGGAAGCUCUUAUUUACUGAGAGGCUCGUUGAACAUGGGAACAGAAUCCUUAGAGAGGUGGUCAAUGCCCUAAACCUGUUAGUGUUUAAGAAACAUUGCCAUGAUGCCAUUGUCACGUGAAUUUAACUUUUGGUCAUCCCUGGAGUGCUCAGGAAGUUGCACCACAUGACCAUUGUAGGUCCCUUGCAACUAAAAUAUUCUGUAUCUUCUAGUUCUUGAAGUCUUUGCUCAGUAGCUUUUACCAGUUUGAUCCAACAUAUGCUGUUUUAGGUAAGAAUUGUCACCAGAAGCUUUAUGCUUGUUGUUUCCAUAACUAUGCCUGUGAGUUUUAGUUAGUAUUAUGAAACCACCUACAGGAGUGCAGGUAACAAAGGUAAACGAAGAUGCAAAGUUGUAAGUCUAUAAUUGACAUUUUGAAAAGUUGUAGCAUUUUAAAUUUAAAAAUGCAGAAAUAUCACUAUAAUGUUUCAAGCUGUGCUUUCUGGAGGCCUCACCAUCAGUAAAAUCAAGGUAACAGUGCAGGGAAGUGUGUCAUGGUAAUGCUGGGCAGUAAGGUACCCACAGUUAUCACCCCUUGCUGUUAUUUUGUUCGGGUCUUUUUUCAUGCAGGUUAUAUUAAGAGAAAAUUUUAAAAGGUGUUAAGGUCAUGACAAAGUUUAGAAGAUAAUCCUGAAGUAGUGGUACUGGAUUUAUAAAGAAUGGAAGGAUACAACGUGUUGAAAGUACUGGGAGAGGGAUCCUUUGGCAGAGCUGUCCUAGUUCAUCAUAGAAUCAGUGACCAGAAGUAUGUAAUGAAGGAAAUAAGGCUUCCAAUGUCUUCAUGUGGUGUAGAGAAUUCUAGGAAGGAAGCUGUUCUUUUGGCUAAAAUGAAGCAUCCAAAUAUUGUUGCCUUUAAAGAAUCAUAUGAAGCUGAUGGACACCUGUAUAUAGUGAUGGAAUAUUGCGACGAUGGAGAUCUAAUGCAGAAGAUUAAACACCAAGGAGGAAAUUUGUUCCCUGAAGACACGAUCCUUCACUGGUUUGUGCAGAUGUGCCUGGCUGUGAAGUACAUCCAUGAUAAACGUGUCCUGCACAGGGAUAUAAAAUCCAAGAAUGUCUUCCUCACUCAAAGUGGAAAAGUCAAAUUGGGAGAUUUUGGAUCUGCACGCCUUCUUGCACAUCCAAUGUCAUACGCCUGCACCUAUGUGGGAACUCCUUAUUAUGUACCUCCAGAAAUAUGGGAAAGCCUGCCAUACAACAACAAAAGUGAUAUAUGGUCUCUGGGGUGUAUUCUGUAUGAGCUGUGCACUCUAAAACACCCGUUUCAAGCCAAUAGCUGGAAACAUCUCAUCCUUAAGAUAUGCAAGGGGUCCUAUGAUCCACUUCCAUCUCACUAUUCCUAUGAACUUCAUUACUUAAUAAAACAGAUGUUUAAGAGAAAUCCCCAGAAUCGUCCAUCAGCCAAUACUAUUCUUGCAAGAGGAUGCUUAACCAAACUUGUGAAAAAUUGUUUGCCUUCUGAGAUGGCAAAUCAGUUUGGGCAAGUAUUAGAGGAAACCAAGAAACAUGAAGGCAAUGCUGCAAGACAAAAGGGGAAUGUCAUGGCUGGUGGAAGUUCAAAUAAGAGAGAAAAUAGACAAAAGGAAGAUGAAAGUAGCAAGGAUAGCCCCUUAGAAAGGAAAAAUGCUGAGGGUUUGAGUGAAGGCACAAGGGAACAAAGGAAAUCUUAUCAAGAAGGAAGUACUGAUCUGUCACAUGCCCACAGGAGGCAAUGGGAAAAGAGGAUAUCCAAUACUGUGCUGGAUGUCCUGGAAAAUGCGUCCUUGCUUUCUUCCAGUUUUACACCUGAAGAGACUGAAAGUGGUGGUGUUAUAAACUACAGUGAAAAUAAACCACGGAAGCAGUGGAGCAAGGAACCCCCUCAGACCCUGAUGGACAUGCUCAGCAAUGCAGAUGUCAGCUUAGCAUUUAAAACAUACACAAUUUAUAAACCAGCUUCUGAAAACAUAUUAAGAGGUCCACUUUCUGCUGAAAAUGAAGCAUCUGACGAAGUAGAUGGUGAACAUGAAGCUGUUGUCAUAGAUUCUGAGAGAUUUGAACCUAGAUCUGAUGAAGAUGACACGGACUUUGAAGAAGAUGACCCAGACUGGGUGUCAGAACUGAAAAUGGUAUUGAAACAGAGUGACUGAAAACUUGAAUUUACCUGCAGUGAGUGAAGUUAGGUGUGCUGGUAUCCAAGUUCUUGUUAAUAAUUGGUUAUUCAUUGAAUAAUUUCAGUCAAAAAAAAUUGUGUGGGCAUGUUUACUAUAUCACGAAACGGAGGAUGGAAAAUGCACAAUAAACUUUUUUAGAAAGAACA